AUGGUGAUGAAGCCUGAGGUUGAGCAGGAACUUGCUCAUGUGUUGUUAACGGAAUUAUUAGCUUAUCAGUUUGCUUCUCCUGUUCGAUGGAUCGAGACCCAAGAUGUAUUCUUAAAGGAUUAUAAUACUGAAAGAGUUGUUGAGAUUGGUCCUUCUCCAACUUUAGCUGGUAUGGCGCAGAGGACUAUUAAGAACAAGUAUGAAUCUUAUGAUGCUGCGUUGUCUUUGCAGAGACAGGUGUUGUGCUAUGGUAAGGAUGCCAAGGAGAUUUACUAUACCAAAGAUCCGGUUCAGGUUGAGAAGGAGCAGGUAGAUGAUAGUUCUGAAGGACAAGAAGGAAGUAAGGUAAUUGCAGCUCCAGCGGCAGCGGCGACGGCUCCGGUUGCAGCGCCGGCGCCUGCAGCGGCGGGGCCAGCGGCUCAGAUCGCCGAUGAGCCGAUGAAGGCGUCUUUAGUGUUACAUGUGCUUGUUGCGCAGAAAUUGAAGAAGCCACUCGAUGCUGUUCCUAUGUCGAAGACGAUCAAGGAUCUGGUUGGAGGUAAAUCGACUGUUCAAAAUGAAAUUUUGGGUGAUUUAGGAAAGGAAUUUGGGUCCACUCCAGAGAAACCAGAAGAGAUGCCGUUGGAGGAGCUCGCUGAAACUAUGCAAGAUAAUUUCAGUGGUUCUCUUGGCAAGCAUUCUUCGUCUCUAGUUUCUAGACUGAUUUCUUCGAAGAUGCCUGGUGGGUUUACUGUAACAGUGGCAAGAAAGUAUUUACAGUCACGCUGGGGAUUACCAUCCGGUAGACAGGAUUCCGUUUUGCUAGUUGGCUUGGUGUUUGAGCCUCCUUCUAGACUGGGUUCUGAAGCAGAUGCACAUGCGUUCUUAGAUUCAAUGGUUCAGAAGUAUGCUUCUAUUGUUAACCUCGAUCUAUCUGCUGCAAUUUCCGGAUCGGGAGAUAGCUCAGGCAGCUCCGGUUCUGGGGGCGCUACUAUUGAUGCUGCAGCUUUUGAAGAGUUGACUAAAGAUCAAAAGGUAAUGGCACGCCAACAGUUGGAUGUUUUAGCCAGAUACUUGAAGCUUGAUCUGCAAAAGGGCGAGAAGAAGUAUUUGCAAGAAAGGGAUAACUUGGCGGAAUUACAAGCUCGGUUAGACUAUUUGACCAACGAACUCGGUUCUUACUUUGUUCAAGGUGUUGAAACCUCCUUCUCCAGAAAGAAGGCAAGAGUUUUUGAUUCUUCCUGGAAUUGGGCUAGGCAAUCCUUGUUGUCGUUGUACUUUGAAAUUAUCCAUGGCGUUUUGAAGAAUGUUGAUAGAGAAGUCGUGACCGAGGCUAUUAACAUUAUGAACAGAUCCAAUGAGACACUGAUCAAGUUCAUGGAAUAUCACAUUUCUAAAACCGAUGAGUCUAAUGGUGAAAACUACAAGUUGGUCAAGACUUUAGGAAGUCAGCUAAUUGACAACUGUAAACAGGUUAUCGAUAUUGACCCUGUAUACAAAGAUAUUUCUAAGCCAACUGGUCCAAAGACUUCCAUUGACAAAAACGGUGAAAUUGUUUACUGCGAAGAACCCAGGGAAAAUGUCAGAAAGUUGUCUCAGUAUGUUCAUGAGAUGGCACAAGGUGGUCCAUUAACAAAGAUUUCUCAGCCAACAAUUCAGGAAGAUCUGACUCGUGUCUAUAAGGCGAUUUCUGCUCAAGCAGAUGAAGCUAAUAUUUCAGAAUCUACUAAAGUCGAAUUUGAACAUUUGUAUGGAGAGUUAUUGAAGUUCCUAGAAUCAUCCAAGGAAAUCGAUGCGUCUGCAUCUACCGGAUUGACAGGCGUUAUUGAUGACGCUUUGGAUAAAGAUUCUACAAAAGAAGUCGCUUCAUUGCCAAAACCAACCCAAAUCAACAAGAACGUUUCUUCAACUAUCCCUCGUGUAACCAUCCCAUUCUUGCAUUUAAGAAAGAAGAUUUCUUCUGGUGAGUGGGCUUACGACAGACAGUUAUCUUCCCUAUUUUUGGACGGCUUGGAACAGGCUGCCAUCAAUGGUGUCUCCUUUAAGGAUAAAUAUGUAUUAAUCACUGGGGCUGGUCAGGGCUCCAUUGGUGCCGAGGUUUUACAGGGUUUAAUUCAAGGUGGUGCUAAAGUUGUUGUUACCACAUCACGUUUCUCUAAAAAAGUGACCGACUACUACCAAUCCAUAUAUGCCAAGUAUGGUGCUAGAGGCUCUACUUUAAUUGUUGUUCCAUUCAACCAGGGUUCUAAGCAAGAUGUAGAAGCUUUGAUUAGUUACAUUUACGAUGACCCUAAAGCUGGUGGUUUGGGUUGGGAUUUGGAUGCUGUGAUUCCUUUCGCUGCAAUUCCAGAAAAUGGUAUUGAGUUGGAAAAUAUAGAUUCAAAAUCAGAAUUUGCACAUAGAAUUAUGUUGACCAACAUUUUGAGGAUGUUGGGUUAUAUUAAGACUCAAAAAUCUUCAAGAGAAAUUGAAACAAGACCAGCGCAAGUUAUCUUGCCAUUAUCUCCCAACCACGGAACUUUUGGUGGUGAUGGUAUGUAUUCAGAAUCCAAACUUGCUCUAGAAACAUUGCUAAACAGAUGGAAUUCUGAAUCUUGGUCUAAUCAGUUGACUGUAUGUGGUGCAAUUAUUGGUUGGACGAGAGGCACUGGUUUGAUGUCUGCAAAUAAUAUAAUUGCAGAGGGUAUUGAAAAGUUAGGCGUUCGUACCUUUUCUCAAAAGGAGAUGGCGUUUAAUUUAUUGGGAUUAUUGAUUCCUGAAGUCGUCCAACUGUGCCAAAAAUUCCCUAUUGUUGCUGAUUUGAACGGUGGUUUGCAGUUUAUUGAGGAUUUGAAGGACUUCACUGUUAAGUUACGUACCCAAUUGGUCGAAACUUCGGAAAUUAGGAAAGCUGUGUCAAUGGAGACUACCUUUGAGCAUACUGUUAUCAAUGGUCCCGAUGGCGAUAUAGGUUACAAUCGGGUGGAUAUUCAGCCAAGAGCUAAUAUUCAAAUAGGAUUCCCAGAGCUAAAGUCAUACGAUCAGAUCAAAAAACUAGCACCUAUUGAGUUAGAGGGCAUGCUAGAUCUAGAAAAAGUUAUUGUUGUUACCGGUUUCUCAGAAGUUGGACCAUGGGGUUCUUCAAGAACCAGAUGGGAAAUGGAGGCGUAUGGUGAGUUCUCCUUGGAAGGUUCUGUAGAAAUGGCGUGGAUCAUGGGUUUGAUCAAAUAUCACAAUGGUAACUUGAAAGGCCGUCCAUACACUGGAUGGGUAGAUGCCAAGACCAAUGCACCUGUUGAUGACAAAGAUAUUAAACAGAAAUACGAGUCUCACAUAUUAGAACACUCUGGUAUCAGAUUGAUUGAACCGGAACUCUUUAAUGGUUACAAUCCAGAGAAGAAGAUGCUGCUUCAAGAGGUUAUUAUUGAAGAAGAACUGGAACCAUUCGAGGCUUCUAAAGAAUCUGCCGAGCAAUUCAAACACCAGCACGGAGACAAAGUUGACAUUUUCGAAAUUCCUGAAACUGGUGAAUACAGUGUCAGAUUAUUAAAGGGGGCUACUUUGCGAAUUCCAAAAGCUUUAAGAUACGAUCGUUUAGUUGCAGGUCAAAUUCCAACUGGAUGGGAUGCUAAAACUUAUGGUGUACCAGAGGAUACUAUAUCCCAAGUUGAUCCAAUCACCUUGUUUGUAUUGGUAUCUGUUGUUGAGGCCUUUAUCUCCUCAGGUAUCACUGAUCCAUACGAAAUGUACAAGUAUGUCCAUGUUUCUGAAGUUGGUAACUGUUCUGGUUCAGGUAUGGGUGGUGUGUCUGCAUUGCGUGGUAUGUUUAAGGACCGUUUACUGGAUAAACCUGUUCAGAACGAUAUUUUACAGGAGUCUUUCAUAAACACGAUGUCUGCGUGGAUCAAUAUGCUGCUGAUUUCUUCCAGUGGUCCUAUGAAAACUCCUGUUGGCGCGUGUGCUACUGCCGUUGAAUCUUUGGAUAUUGGUGUGGAAACCAUUUUAGGCGGCAAAGCAAAGAUUUGUAUUGUUGGUGGUUAUGAUGAUUUCCAAGAAGAAGGUUCCUUUGAAUUUGGUAACAUGAACGCUACUAGUAAUUCUCUAGACGAAUUUGAACAUGGACGUACCCCAGCAGAAAUGUCAAGACCAACUACAACCACUCGUAACGGUUUCAUGGAAGCUCAGGGAUCUGGAAUAGAAGUUAUUAUGAAUGCAGACUUGGCUUUGAAGAUGGGUGUUCCAAUAUAUGGUAUUAUCGCUAUGACUGCGACAGCAGGUGACAAGAUCGGUAGAUCUGUUCCAGCUCCUGGAAAAGGUAUUUUAACCACAGCUAGGGAACAUCAUGGUACUUUGAAAUUCCCAAGUCCUUUGUUGGAUAUCAGUUAUAGAAAGAGGCAGUUGACAAGUAGAGAAAAUCAAAUUAAAAGUUGGGUGGAAAAUGAGUUAGAAUUGCUUCAGUUUGAACUCAACCAGAUUCCCUCUGAGGAACACGAAGUGUUUUUAUCUGAACGUACAGAGGAAAUUGAGCGUGAAGCAAACAAACAGUUGAAGGCAGCACAACUACAAUGGGGUAACGAGUUCUUUAAGAAUGACCCACGUAUUGCUCCCUUAAGAGGCUCGUUGGCUGUCUAUGGCCUGACAAUUGAUGAUUUGGGGGUGGCCUCAUUCCACGGUACAUCUACAAAGGCAAAUGAUAAGAAUGAAUCUGCUACUAUCAAUGAGAUGCUUAAGCACUUGGGUAGGUCAGAAGGGAAUCCUGUUCUUGGCGUGUUCCAAAAGUACUUAACGGGUCAUCCAAAGGGUGCCGCUGGCGCUUGGAUGUUGAAUGGUGCUUUGCAAAUUUUGAACUCAGGAAUCGUUCCUGGUAAUCGUAAUGCUGACAAUGUCGAUAAGGUUUUGGAGCAAUAUGAUUAUAUCUUGUAUCCAUCUCAUUCUAUGAAGACAGAUGGCAUUAAGGCGGUUUCUGUUACAUCUUUCGGGUUUGGUCAAAAAGGUGCCCAAGCAAUUGCUGUUCACCCAGAUUAUCUAUAUGCUGCAUUGACCGAAACAGCAUACAAUGACUAUGUUGUUAAAGUGUCUUCCAGAAAAAAGAGCGCAUACAAGUAUUUCCAUAACGGCAUGAUUAAAAAUACCUUGUUUGUUGCUAAAGAACAUCCGCCAUACACUGAAGACAUGGAACAAGACGUCUACUUAGAUCCUUUGGUCCGUGUUACAGCUGAUAAAACCGGUUCCCUUGUUUUCAAUUCAAACCAACUGCAAGCUGACAAGUUCAUAUCUGCAAGUAACAAGGGGACAAGCGAGCUAGUAUCCCAUAUGACCAGGCAAGUUGCCUCCAAAGGUAAUGCCCGAGGCAUUGGUGUUGAUGUUGAGUUGAUAAAAACCUUCAACGUAUCCAAUGAAACCUUCAUUAACAGAAACUUCACCGCUGCAGAAAUUGCUUACUGUAAAGGACAACCAAGCUGUCAAAGCUCGUUUGCAGGCAUUUGGUCAGCCAAAGAAGCGGUCUUUAAAUCCUUAGGUGUAAAAUCCAAAGGGGCUGGUGCCUCGCUGAAGGAAAUUGAGAUCCAACGCGACCAAUCGUCCGGAGGCCCUAUCGUUGUGUUGCACGGUGCUGCCAAAGCCGCCGCCGAUGACGUUAGUGUCAAAGAUAUUAAGGUAUCAAUCUCCCACGAUGAUUUCCAAUCCGUUGCCGUUGCGAUCGCCGAAAAGUGUUGA